ACACAUUGAAAUUUUAGAAGGACGAAAAAAAAAAUAGCCUUUCCGCUUUUUAAAAAACAAACCAAAACAUAAAUAAAUAAAUAAAUCCUUUUCUUUUACCUCCCUUUUUUAAUGCACAGAAAUUUGCAACAUCUCUACAAAAACCUGUUCUAUUUCUUCAGAAUACUGCGUUACGGUUAAUAAUAAUAAUAAUAAUAAUAAUAAUAAUAAUAAUAAUAAUAAUAAUAAUAAUAAUACGCCGUUCCUGAAUAGCUAACUGGUUGUACGUGGAAGAAAACCAGAUCAGCAUUUUUAACCGUUUAUCAACAAAACCUGAGGGAGCGUUUUGCAGUUUUCCUAAGCUGUGCUGUUCCUGUGUGUCUCCGCUAGGGGGCAGUGCUGAGUGAACGUCGCCAUGGUCAAACUGACGAAGCCCAAAACUUUCCAGGCCUAUCUGGAUAACUGCCACCGCAGGUACAGCUGCGUGCACUGCAGAGCGCACCUGGCGAACCACGAUGACCUCAUCUCCAAGUCAUUUCAAGGCAGUCAGGGGCGUGCGUACCUGUUCAACGCAGUGGUGAAUGUGGGGUGCGGCCCGGCCGAGGAGAGGGUGCUCUUGACAGGUCUCCACGCUGUUGCUGACAUUUACUGCGAGAACUGCAACACCACACUGGGCUGGAAAUACGAGCAGGCGUUUGAGACAAGCCAGAAGUAUAAGGAGGGUAAAUUCAUCAUUGAGGUGUCGCACAUGAUCAAGGACAACGGGUGGGAUUGAGAGGGACGGAGAGAGAGGAGGGGUGGAGGGGGACAACAGACUGAUACAUGAAACUCAUCAGGGUUUCCAAUAAGAAAACGAGACGGGAGAGAGACCUCAGAGCUACCUUCUCAAAAGAACGACAGAGAGAAGUGUGCAUGUUAAGAUUUCUCCUCCCUUUCCUCCCCCCCUCUCUCUCUCCAGUAGAUUGCUAUCACCAUCCCUUCAUUCUCCACCUGUCUGUCUAUCUUGUAAAGCACUUUAUAUAGUCAUGAAACAUGUAAAAUUCAAAUUGUC